AUGGAGCACACAAAUCACACCAAGGUGGCAUAUUUCAUUUUGAAAGGACUUUCUGAUGACCCAAAGCUGCAAGUUCCAAUCUUUCUUCUGGUUUUGCUACUUUAUCUCAUCACUCUUGGUGGUAACAUGACUGUUUUUCUCCUAAUCUGUCUGGAUCAUCAUCUUCACACUCCCAUGUACUUCUUCCUGGCCAACCUGUCCAUUCUGGAUAUAUCGUCUACCACAGUCGUUUUACAUAAUGUUUUAAUUAGGUUUGUGACCAAAAACAGAACUAUUCCAUAUGUUACAUGCCUAACACAGAUGUGUUUUUUUGGAACCUUUGUUAAUGCAGGAUUAUUAAUCCUUACAGCCAUGAGCUUUGACCGCUAUGUGGCAAUCUGUAAUCCAUUACGGUACGUAAUCAUUAUGAAUCACAAAAUUUGUAUUCUGUUGGUCAUUGUCUGUUUGGCUGUAAGCAUGUUGGAAGUUCUCCCCCAUGUUUUCCUACUGGCAGAGUUUACUUGUUACAGAAGAAAUAUAAUUAAUCAUUUCUUUUGUGACAUCAUGCUUGUUAUGGAACUUUCAUGCAGUGAUACGUCUGUUCUUAAGACAUUAUUUUUUAUUGAAGGUGUGUUCCUUCUUGGCCUUACUCCCUUCCUUCUCACUUUUAUUUCUUAUGUUUUUAUCAUUGCAACCAUUCUGAAGAUCCGUUCGAGCACUGGAAGACGUAAAGCCUUCUACACAUGUUCCUCUCACCUCACUGUUGUCAUCCUGCUCUACACGACCUUUGUCCUCCAAUAUCUGAGACCCAUCUCAGAAGACAGCCUGGAUUACAAUAAAUUCUUCUCUCUGUUUAACACAGCUGCUGUUCCUAUAUUAAACCCAUUAAUUUACAGCUUAAAAAACAGAGAGGUGAUGUCAGCUCUACAACGUAGAUUAGUAAAAAAACUGAGCUACAGCAGAGAUAUACAGGGCUAG